GGAUAGUGCAGCGGACAGUGGGCUUGUGUGAGCUACUGAGAGAAACACUGCUAACAACAUGCCUCCGUUUCUAUUCGGUCUUCUGGGCUGCUCCUUGGUCCUCUCCGCCCAGGCCUUGUACUCCUCCACUGACGAUGUGGUGGAACUGACUCCAUCCAACUUCAACAGAGAGGUGCUCCAGAGUGAUGCUCUGUGGCUGGUGGAGUUCUACGCCCCAUGGUGCGGUCACUGUAAGAACCUGGCCCCGGAGUGGAAGAAGGCAGCGACUGCCCUGAAGGGCGUGGUGAAAGUGGGAGCUGUGGAUGCAGACCAGCACAAUUCUUUAGGAGGACAGUACGGCAUCAGAGGCUUCCCCACCAUCAAGGUGUUUGGAGGAAAUAAGAACAAGCCCGAGGAGUACCAGGGUGGUCGUACCAGCCAGGCCAUCGUGGACGGAGCCCUGAAUGCCCUCAAGUCUCUGGUCAAAGACAGGCUCAGCGGGAAGACCGGGGGCUCGAGCUACAAGCAGAGCGGAGGAGGAGGAGGAGGAGGUAGUGGGAGCAGUGGACAAGACGUGGUGGAGCUCACAGACGAUAACUUCGAUAAACUGGUGCUGGGCAGUGACGAUAUUUGGAUGGUGGAGUUCUUCGCCCCCUGGUGUGGACACUGCAAGAAUCUGGAGCCUGAAUGGGCGGCGGCGGCGUCCUCGGUGAAGGAUCAGACCAAAGGCAGAGUGAAGCUGGGAGCAGUGGACGCCACAGUACACCAGGGCCUGGCCAGCAGAUACUCUAUCCGAGGCUUUCCCACCAUUAAGAUCUUCCGUAAAGGAGAAGAGCCUGAAGACUAUCAGGGGGGACGCUCUCGAGGCGACAUCAUCAACACUGCUCUGGACCUGUUCUCCGACAAUGCCCCUCCUCCUGAACUCGUGGAGAUCAUAAAUGAGGACGCUCUGAAGAAGACGUGCGAGGACAGUCAGCUGUGCGUGAUCGCUGUGCUGCCUCACAUCCUGGACACAGGGGCUGCUGGGAGAAACGACUAUCUGGACGUGAUGUUGAAGAUGGCCGACAAGUACAAGAAGAAGAUGUGGGGGUGGCUGUGGACAGAGGCUGGCGCUCAGAUGGAUUUGGAGGCCGCUCUGGGCAUUGGGGGCUUCGGGUACCCCGCCAUGGCCGCCAUCAACACCAGGAAGAUGAAGUUCGCCCUGCUCAGAGGUUCCUUCAGCGAGACAGGCAUUCACGAGUUCCUCAGGGAGCUGUCGGUCGGCCGUGGAUCCACCGCCACGCUGGGAGGAGGAAACAUGCCCAAGAUCAGCUCUGUGGUGGCCUGGGAUGGAAAGGAUGGACAGCUUCCUUUGGAGGAGGAGUACGACCUCAGCGACGUAGACCUGGACGAAGACUUUGACAAAGACGAAUUGUGAGCCCAAACCUGGACUAAACCCGGACCGGAUCAGGUCUUUGGUCCCACAGGACACGCCUCCCCUCUCCCGUGGACGAAUGGGAGGCCAGGACCUGCAGUUACUGAAAUAACUCCUCCUAGACCUGUCUGAAACCCGGGCCGUCUGUAUUUUGUCACAGCGGGUCAAAUGAACUUUACACAAGAACUCAUGUUUCUACUCCACUCUUUUUUUUUUUUUUUUUUUUUUUUUAAAGCGGGGUUAGAGUGUUUCAGAGGGCGAGGCUGCAGCGCACACAGAUGAAGUCAAAUGUGAAUACACUUGGGAAUGAUUGCACUAAGGUAAAUAUUUGAACAUUUGUGGAAAAAAAUAAUUCUACCCAUGUUAAAGGUGCCUUCUGCUCUGGCUCUCCUUAAGUUUGUCCUAUGACACGACUCUCACAAAGCGCACCUUAAACCAAACGUCGAAAUAGUCCAAACUGUCACAAAACUGAAUGUCUGAGGGUCAAGAGGCUAAAACUGGCUGAUUUCACAAUAUCUAUAACACAUAUUUGAGUAUAUUUCAAUUUCUCAAAAAUAAGAGUUUGAUUUGAACGGUUAAAGUCGCACUAUGGAACUGUUCGGAUGGUUACUUCUCGCCUGUCGCCACGAAGAUUGCUUUGCUCCGGAAAGUUCCUCACCAUUAAUCGCCAUUAAUUUAUUGCUGGCUUUUGCUAUUUUCUAGGGGAUUUCAUUGCUUAAAAAAAAAUCUCUUGCAUUAUCGCUGUGAGCGGAUCUGUCCUAUAAGCAGUGGUGGAAUGUAACAAAGUAAAAGUAACAGGACUGUAUGUGAGUAAAGACUUAAAUGUAGUAAAGUAAAAAGUAUCCAGUUUAAAGAGCAGGUAUCUGUACUUUCUAUUCCACUACACUUUUGUACACGAGUUAAAAGUAUUUUUUAUUGUGUGAGAUCUACUGAAAAGGCUGAGGGUUUAUUUUUUACCUUGUUCAUAAUUUGAGCAAACAAAAAAUUACAAAUAAAAACAGCAAAAAAAUCUAUUCAGUUGUUUCUGUUGAACAAAAUUCAGUACAAAUCAAAAUCACUUGAAGAUCAUGAAAUACUUUUACUUUUUACUCUUCAAGUACAUUUUUAAACAGAUACUUUUACUUAUGUAGAUCUUUUUUCAUGUGAUACUUUUACUUGAGUAUUUAUGUGCUCUGGUAUCUGUACUUUUACUGUACUUUUAAGUAACAUUAAGUACUUCCACCACUGCCUAUAACCUAGUUGUUAGCAGGUGUUGCAGCACUGCUAAAGUGUUUAAUGCCAUACUGUGGAACAAGUGGGCAAAGCAAUCAACAUGUUCAUGCAAACAAGCAGGUGGUGUAAUUAAAUGUACAGAUUGUAGUCAUUUCAAUUCAGACAAAAAAUAAAACGUAAAUACCCUAAAUAUUUAUGUACAAAUGAAAUCUAGUGAAACUUAGUGAAGCGAAAGCAGAAACUGAAGCAAAAUUACUGAAGUUAACGUUCUAAUUUUGGCUUGUGUAGAUUUUUUGCAUUAUCGUGACAAAAUGGUACUUACCUGUAAGUCAAACGUAAUGAAAUGAGUCAAAUAGUUCAAAGCUUUUUAAAUCUCAACUCAAUAGUUCAUUUAAGCUCCUCACACAAACACACUACAGGAUCAUUGAGUUUUUGGGACGUGGCCUCAGAUUGGAUAUUCGUGUACGAUUUUUGAAUCAGCUGUGCUCAUGUUUUUGCAUCAGUGCAACUCUGAGGUGCUAUCAUACCGUAACCACGAAACAUCACCACGGCAACGACCUCAAAUAAUGGUGCCCAGUCCAGUUUGAAACGUUCUUCAAAAGUAAGAAGGUGAGAGUAAAUCCUAUUUUUGUUUUGUUUUUUUGUACGUAAAUCAGAGUGAAGCUGCUGCUGCUACAGUAAACAUGACUCUACUUCCUGUCUCAUUUAUCGUCUGCCUUUUGUGCAUUAAAAACAUUUAUCUGCACCACAUUUCACAAAUCAUAAUGACGCACUUACAAUAUCAUCAUUUUAAGAUUGAAAAAAUCCUGUUUGUGGCGGCCUUAAGAUGCGCUAAAGUCAUUUUACCCAGGGCGAGAUGUUCAGUUUUUGCAAUACGUUAAUCCUGAUACUCACUUCACAAAUUCUGCCCUGUUUUAAUAAUUUCAAAAGGCUCUAGAUUCUGUCUGUCCAUCUCUCUCUUUCUUCUGUCUCUCCCCUCCUGUUGCUGAGGUGGUCUAGUCUGUACCAGGGGAGCAGGGUCUUAGGGGUCCAGAUUUUGACCCUCUUCCUGUUCAUUUACUCUCAUUUGAGGCGUCUUGCCGUGGGCCCUGACAUUUCCGUCUCCGGGCCUGUACCUCUCCAUGUGGUCGUUUGAGUCUGAGCUGUGCGUCUGGCCUGCUGUCCGGGGUUGGGGGGGGGGGGGGAUAAUGUGGGACGACUUCUUGUGUAGAUUUUUCUUACACGACUUUAUUUGAAUUGUGUGAACCAAAUGACAUUUUUGUUACAA